CGGUAUUAAAAUUAUGCUCUUCGUAUUUUGAUUAGUUACGAAAGUGUGCUGGUGUAAGGCUGGUCAUUUUUGAUGAAGAAGAGGAAUAUUAAGAUUCAAGAUGAGAGAAAUUGUACAUAUGCAGACUGGUCAAUGUGGGAACCAAAUCGGUUCUAAGUUCUGGGAGGUGAUCUCAGAUGAGCACGGUAUUGAUCCCACAGGUACAUACCACGGAGAUUCGGACCUUCAGCUCGAGAGAAUCAAUGUCUACUACAACGAAGCCACAGGUGGCAAGUAUGUUCCUCGUGCAAUUCUUAUUGAUCUGGAGCCGGGUACUAUGGACUCCGUAAGGUCCGGACCGUUCGGCCAAAUCUUCAGGCCAGAUAACUUUGUGUUUGGACAAAGCGGGGCUGGUAACAACUGGGCCAAGGGUCACUACACUGAGGGAGCAGAACUCGUUGACUCAAUUCUUGAUGUUGUACGAAAGGAGUCCGAGUCCUGCGAUUGCCUUCAGGGAUUCCAACUCACGCACUCUUUAGGUGGCGGUACUGGAGCCGGACUUGGUACUCUGCUCAUCAGCAAGAUCCGUGAGGAGUACCCGGACAGAAUCAUGAACACUUUUUCAGUAGUUCCGUCACCUAAGGUAUCCGACACGGUUGUGGAGCCAUACAAUGCCACGCUGUCAGUCCAUCAGCUUGUUGAGAAUGCUGACGGGUGUUUCUGUAUCGACAACGAGGCUCUGUAUGACAUCUGCUUCAGGACGCUCAAACUGACCACACCCACUUACGGAGACUUGAACCAUCUCGUGUCAGCCACGAUGUCUGGUAUUACCACGUGUCUUCGCUUUCCAGGUCAGCUGAACGCCGACCUCCGUAAACUAGCCGUCAAUAUGGUUCCUUUCCCACGUCUCCACUUCUUCAUUCCAGGCUUUUCACCUCUUACUUCUCGUGGUAGCCAGCAGUACAGGGCUCUCACUGUCCCCGAACUUACCCAACAGAUGUUCGACGCCAAGAACAUGAUGGCUGCUUGUGACCCACGCCACGGACGAUACCUCACGGUAGCCGCAAUUUUCAGGGGACGUAUGUCCAUGAAGGAGGUCGAUGAACAGAUGUUGAACGUCCAGAACAAGAACAGCAGCUACUUCGUCGAAUGGAUCCCCAACAACGUGAAGACCGCCGUCUGCGAUAUUCCACCACGUGGUCUCAAAAUGGCCGCCACAUUUAUCGGUAACAGUACCUCCAUCCAGGAACUUUUCAAGCGGAUCUCAGAACAGUUCACGGCUAUGUUCCGUCGUAAGGCUUUCCUGCAUUGGUACACUGGCGAGGGUAUGGACGAGAUGGAGUUCACUGAGGCGGAGUCGAACAUGAACGACUUGGUAUCAGAAUACCAGCAGUAUCAGGACGCCACCGCCGAGGAGGAGGGCGAAUUUGACGAGGAAGAGGAGGAGGAAGAUGAAGCAUAAAUCGUGGAUGGGCAGCAAACAGACGAUAAAUGUUAAAAUUUGUUUCCAAUUUAACUCUUUUGUCGUAGAUUUUUCCCAAACAUGUAUAUAAUACGUCUAUUAAUAUUGCACAACAUCCUAGAAUGGAAAAGAUGGGUUUAUGGUCUUUAUGAAUUUAUAAGACGCCGCUUCGUCUAGAGCAGGCACUAGUUAAAAUAUUUUAACAUUUGUAAUUUGUUGUGACGACAAAGGCAAAUAGUCUUUCCAAAAAUAUCAAAACAGAGAAAAAAACUGUGAAACCUUUACAUGAAAAAUAUGGAUAAAGAAAGAUGAGAGAUGUUUAUCUUAAAUUAUAUUGAUUAGAAUAAAUAUGGUUUUACUUAAUUAGUUCGAGAAGAAUCACCAGAAUGCGGAUGAACUACAUUCACAUCUUUUAUAUGUACAGCAAUUGUCGUGUAAUAUAGUCUACGGAACGGUGACUAGUAUAUCUGUGAUAUUUUAGUACGAUUUGUUUGAUAGACGCAAAGCCCUUACAACUUAAAUUAUAACAAUAAAUGCGGCCUAUUUGAUGCCUUGCAUUACCGUUGUUGUAUACCUGUAGCAACAUCGACCAGAAAAUUCUACUAAACAAUGAAAAAAUAAAACAACAUCAAAAUGA